AUGUCAGGGGCACAAAGCAAGCGCCAGGCGGCGCGGAACGAGAAGGUCCUGCAGGAGCUCGUCCAGGGCGUGCCGGGCAACAAUCUUUGCGCCGAUUGCCACUCUCGAAACCCAGCUUGGGCAUCAUGGAGCCUUGGUGUCUUUUUGUGCAUGCGUUGCGCCGCCAUACAUCGCAAGCUGGGGACACACAUCUCGAAAGUCAAGUCCCUGAGCAUGGACAGUUGGUCCAACGAGCAGGUCGAUAACAUGCGCAAGGUCGGCAACGCCACUUCAAACAAGAUCUACAAUCCCCAGAACAAGAAGCCCCCUGUCCCCAUCGAUGUCGACGAGGCAGAUUCGGCCAUGGAACGAUUCAUUCGGCAAAAGUAUAUGAACAACUCGGUAGCGAGCGCGAGGCGGCACAACACAGGCAGCACCGAAUCUGAUGAGACUCCUCCCCCGCUGCCGCCAAAGACCCCCAGCAGGUUUGGGUUCCGUUCCGCCUCUUCUAUCUUUCCGCUCUCGUCCAAGGCAAAGAAGGAUGCCGACUCGUCCCGGCGACCUCCUCCCUCGCCACGAAGCUUCGACGACCAUACAAUGCCCGUCUCGCCUAGAGGCAGGCCGUCGAAACCAUUCGGGGCGACGAUUCAACAUGACAACCAGGACGACGUGGAGCAUAAGCUAAUGCGGCUGAGGGAUAUGGGCUUUCUCGAUGAGCAGCGGAACUCUAUGGUGCUUCGCGGCAUGGGUGGAAAUCUGGAGAAGACGAUCGAGGCUCUGGUUAGACUGGGAGAAGGGUCUGCCGGGUUGUCCGUGGCUCGGGAAAAAGUCACACCGCUCAAGCGAUCAUUGACCCCGGCAUCAUCCCAUUUAAGCAUUCCGCAGUCAGCCACAUCCCCGUCAGGAUCGUCAACGAACCCUUUCGACAUGUUGGACAUGCUGCCUGCCCAACCCCAGUCGUCCCAGUCGACGGGUACGCUGCAGAACAAGAACCCGUACAACAACACCUCCACGAACCCUUUCGGAGUUCCAAGCCAGCAAAAUCAUGGUCUCGAGCAGGCUCUCCAGAACAUGUCACUCUCGGCACCGCAGCAACCGCAAUCCUUGUUCCCUAAUCAUACCGGAGGCGUCUCUGCCUACAACCAGGGGCAACAACCGCAGCAGCAGGACUACAACCCGUUUCACCAGAUGCAGCAGAGCCCACAGGCAUACCAGCAACAGCAGGCAGUCAACGGGCAGAUGCCACAAAUGCCCCAGAACAUAGCACCAACGGCAUUCAACAACCACCAAACGUACCCUCCUGUGACGCAACAACCAAUGCCGACAGGUUCCAAUCCCUUCUAUCAACAGCAGCAGCCAGCGUCCCUCUCUGUCAACACUGCUGUUGGGAUGGGGCAAUAUGCAGGGAAUCCCUUCAUGGCUAAAUCGCCGACCCGAGUCCAAUCGCCGACGACUCUGACUCAAAUUCCCGAGCAGACUCAGCAAAACUUUUACCACAGCGCAACGGCAACACAGCCGCCGUGGGGCUCACAAGCUCCCGCGAUGCUUUACUCGACGCCAUUAAGUGCUCCCGUACAGUCGCAGACUAACAAUCCCUUUUUCGUGCCGCAACAGCAACCCCAGCAGCACAACAUGGCUCCGAGACCAGACACGGCGUCAAUCAUGGCCCUGUACAAUAGCUCCCCAGCACCACAACCAGCGUCAAAUCCGUACCAAACGCAACAGCAGCUUUCGAACCAGGGUGGCAACAUGCCCCUGACCUCCUCUCCCGGCCAGUUUCAGCAACAGCUGCAGCAGAACCAACAAAACUUCACAGCUCAGGCACCAACGAGGGCAUUGACCACGCCGGCCCUCUCAUCUGGUAACAAAAAUCCGUUCAUGAGCAUGGCGGGCGGCGCAGCCGAGGUCACGGCACCUUCGGGCGCCAGGAGUAGGGACAGCGUGUUGGCCCAGGGACUAGAGUGGACGAAUGGACGGCACAGCCCAGACGCGUUUGCCAGCCUCAGCGCCAGGACAUAA